AUGUCGGUCGAAAUCACCCCCGCCGCCCAGAUGGGCUUCCACAGACCCCUUACCCGGCUGGUCACCCAGACGAUCAAAAUCCAUAACCCUCAUCCUCACCCGGUAGCCUUCAAGGUGAAGACGACGGCGCCGAAGCAGUACUGCGUCAGGCCAAACUCGGGGCGCGUGGAGAGCGGCGAGAGUGUUGAGGUACAAGUCCUCCUCCAACCUCUGGCAGUCGACCCCCCACCCCACGCCAAAUGCAAGGACAAGUUCCUCGUCCAGUCCGCCUUCAUCACCCCCGACGAGGAGAUGCACACCCUCAGCGAGAUGUGGUCCGCCACCGAGGCAAACAACAAGGGGGCUAUUCAGGAACAAAAGAUCAAGUGUGUCUACCUUGCGGCGGAGGACGGGCGGGCAGAGAAUGGGAUAAAAGAGGAAGAGGAAGAGGGUAUGGAGAGUAGGGUGAUGGAUGAGUCGACUCUCUUCACUGCCGCUCAAUCGAGCCCCGCACCAAAAGCCAACGGAAACAGCACGGACCGCUCUGCGGCUCUCGCCUCACCCAUCGAACAGCCCACACAGGCUGCCCCUAUCGGCGCGACCGGGACCGGCGUCUCGCCAACCAACUCGGCACUGGAGAAGUCCCUCGAGGUGGCUACGACCGACAAGCAGAAGCUCGAGCUGGCCAUGGCUGAGAUUGAGCGACUUCGCGCUCAGCUCAAGUCACCUGGCGCGGGCGAGACCGACGCGAGCGCAGAAGGACCGACCGUCACUGGUCUACGAAGACGGGGCGGGGCGGCCGCGUCCCAGGCAAAGGAAGGCGCGGAGGUCAUGGUGGAGAAGGCCAAGGAGGCUGUGUCGUCGGGCGGACAGGGCGUGCCCGUCGAGGUGGUGGCGGCGUUGGUGAUCGGUGUCUUUGUCAUGACUUACUUGUUCUUCUAG